CAGUUGACCCGACGGUGCACCCGUGCCACCCACCUCGACGCCACGAGACGGAGGCGUGCUUCGCUUGAUAUGCACGGCAUGAGGGCAUUUCAGGAGAACCAAAGAGAUCGGCAUUGGAUGCAACGUCGCGCGACGCCCUGCGCAGAGCUGCACGGUGGGUGUGUAGAAACUCGAGAUGUAAAGCAACUGAGAGGAGAGAUAACAAUGUCGCCAUAUACCGAAACACCGUCCGCACUCACCUGCACAGGUAACAACGUCCUUUCAACCAUCCGUCAGUCCAUCACUAUGCCCACAAUGUUCCAAACCGAAUCCCACCCCCCGGCGAGCAGCCCCCUCCAGUCGAUACGGUCGUCAUGCGAUCGUUGCCGACUCCAGAAGUUGAAAUGCACCGUCCAGUCGAUGGAGUCCGACGGCCGCAUGGUGUGCGAGCGCUGCAUACGGGCCAAGGUGCCAUGCGCCUUUGGACGACGACGGCGAGCAAGCCGACCGAGCGACAACAAGAAGCAAGGAGACUCGUCGUCGAAGCGAUCCAUGGCGCCGCGCACCAACCCAGAGCCAACAGUCCUCACUCCACCCCUCUCCACAACCUCAUCCACCAGUGACCAAGCUCUUGGAGGAACUACACCGCCUCCUUCACUCGCUUCUUCCGGAAUGGAAGCGCCACUCGAAACCUUACCCGAGUGCGAGCCCGAAGCACCGCCCACAUAUCCAUACCACCACCUCCACCAGUCAGGGGAGAGUCCUCCACCACCAUUCCACCAUGCCACAACCGGCGGCGGCAUGAUGGACUGGGACUGGCUGGAUCACGACUUCGGCGGGCAGAACGAUUUAUACUGUUUGGACCCGGAGCUCCUGGCCACGGCACCACCAUCCACAUCCACCGGCUCUCCAACGGCGCACCGAUCGCUAGGCGACGGCACCGUAGCCAUGGGCGACAUCAGCAUGGCCACAGCGUCCUUCGCAGGGCGACGUCUCCCCGCGCUGAUCGCCGAGAUGCAGCAGCGGCUGGAAACGCUCGAGAACGGGGCGUGGCUGCAAGACAGCGCGCAGAGCUUCGACCACUAUCCCAUCGGCGCGGUGCUGCGCCUGUCACAGGAGUUCGGCGCCCUCGCUGGGCAGGUCCUCGGGCUGGCGGCGACCUACGGCCCGGACGCGGCCAACCUUCAGCUGAUGGCCGCGGCCGGCGCUAGCGCUGGUGGUGCCUCCUUGUACGAGCCCGGGCGGGGCGACGGCGGCGGCAGUGCCAGCAAUAGCACGGCCACCGUGCUGCUCGUGCUGGGCGGGUACGUGUUCCUGGUCCGUCUGUAUGGUCUCGUGCUCGGGCACUUCCACGCGCAUCUCAACCGGAUCCCGUCCGGCAACCCCGGCGGACCGACACCGGCCGCCAGCCCGACGCUGCAGCUCGGCGAGCUCCCGAGUGGCGGCGCCAUGCCCGAUGUGAGCCGGAUCCAUGCCGCGCUUGGCAUGUUGCUGGCUGCACUCCACAGUGUCGAGGAGCAGUUGGGGCAAGGGGGCGAGGUCGCACGUGAGAUGGUGUUGUCGAUUCUUACGCAGGGCUCGGGGUUGGAACCGGUCAAACUCCAGGAUCCGCUGGGGAACUUGGGCGAACAAGUGCGGUCGGUGAAGGAACUGUUGCGGGAGAAGAUGGGCCUAUAACGGGAUGCGCGGAAAUAGUUAUACGGUGGAUGAUGGAUCGAUCGGUAGGGCACGGGGGCGGAGCGGGAUUUCAUCAACGCAUAUCAUGUCCGUCGACCGUUGCAAUGCGAUGUGACAGUGUUUGGCCGUUGGAUAGACGAGUGAGACAUCGAAACAAGCGAGAAGGUUUACGUGUGUUCAUCAAAGGAGACAGCGAAUCCUGCAUAUUCUUCAUGUCGA